GUUCGAAAAUUUCAGUAUUUUCAUAGUAUCACUCCUACUACAUUAGCAAAAUGUUUAAGUUUACAUUCGUUAUUUUGGCUGCUUUCCUCUUAGUGGCUCCAGCCUUCGGCAAAGUAUACAACCGUUGUUCAUUGGCCAGGGAAAUGCAUAAGCUUGGUGUUCCCAAAGACGAAUUGGCACGUUGGACUUGUAUUGCUGAACAUGAAUCUGCCUAUAAUACUAAGGCUGUUGGUUCAAUGAACUCUAAUGGUUCCCGUGACUAUGGCAUUUUCCAAAUUAACAACUACUACUGGUGUUCUCCUCCUUCUGGUGCUUUCUCUUACGAUGAAUGUCAUAUUAAAUGUGAAGACUUUCUAGUUGAUAGCAUUGAACCUGCUGUUAAGUGUGCCCGUUUAGUUUUGAAACAACAAGGUUGGACUGCCUGGUCCACCUGGAAAUACUGCGACGGUAAAUUGCACAGUAUUGAUGAUUGCUUCUAAAUAAAUGUCUUUGAAAAUAAUAAAGAAACCCGGUUAUAAAAUUAAACUUUUUUGUUAAACAUUAAA